UAUCUCCUUUCCUGACGUUCUUUGGUUGAGCAAAUUAUCAUCGAUUAUGCAGUUUGGAUUCGGUGGAUAUCAGAAUUAUGAUGCAGAGCAGAGUGAUAGAGAAAAGAAAAGGCUUAAAAAGAAAGAACCAGAGACAGGACUGGCUGAUCAGUUUGGCUACAUCCUAACUUCUCCAAAGGAUUACAAAGCGGAAGCCAUAUUUGCCACCAUUUUCUGCUGCCUUCCAAUAGGACUGGUGGCUCUAUUUUAUUCUACAAGAGUAAAACAUCACUACAAAAACAACAGACUGAUAGCUGCCUACUCCUCGUCCAAGGUUGCACAGGUUCUAAGUAUUGUUGCUACGUUAGUCGGACUGCUGUUGUGGCUUGCUGGUAUUAUCGCUCUUGUAGUUUUAAAAUAAUUUCAGUGUCCAGAUUAAGAUCAUGCAUGUAUUAGGAAGAAAUAAGAAAUAAU